CCCAGACAUGCCCCGCUCUGGAGGCCGGGCUCGCCGAGGAGGACCAUGACUGCGGUGGCGAACGGGGCGAGCCUGGAGGACUGUCACUCCAACCUCUUCUCCCUGGCGGAACUCACAGGCAUCAAGUGGCGUCGGUACAACUUUGAAGGGCAUGGAGAUUGUGGCCCCAUUAUUUCGGCCCCUGCUCAAGACGAUCCGAUUCUUCUGAGCUACAUCCGCUGCCUGCAGGCGAACCUGCUGUGUGUCUGGCGUCGCGAUGUCAAACCGGAUUGUAAGGAGUUAUGGAUCUUCUGGUGGGGCGAUGAGCCCAACUUAGUAGAUGUAAUACAUCGCGAGCUGCACAUGGUGGAAGAAGGACUUUGGGAGAACGGGCUUUCCUAUGAAUGCAGGACGCUGCUUUUCAAGGCGAUACACAACCUGCUGGAAAGAUGCCUAAUGGAUAAGAAUUUUGUAAGGAUUGGGAAAUGGUUCAUUCGGCCGUAUGAGAAAGAUGAAAAGCCCAUUAACAAAAGUGAGCAUUUGUCUUGCGCCUUCACCUUCUUCCUUCACGGGGAAAGUAACGUGUGCACAAGCGUGGAGAUUGCCCAGCACCAACCGAUCUAUUUGAUCAGCGAGGACCAUCUUCACAUGGCACAGUCCUCCCCCAUGCCAUUCCAAGUGCUGAUAAGUCCAUACGGUUUAAGUGGUACUUUAACGGGCCAAGCGUACAAGAUGUCAGAUCCAGCAACCCGGAAGCUAAUUGAGGAGUGGCAAUAUUUUUAUCCCAUGGUGCUGAAGAAGAAAGAGAGCAUGAAAGAGGAAGAAGAAAUGGGAUACGACGAUGAUUUUCCAGUGGCAGUGGAAGUCAUUGUUGGUGGUGUCCGCAUGGUGUACCCUUCGGCUUUCGUUCUUAUCUCUCAAAAUGACAUUCCCGUGGCUCAGAGCACUUCCACACAAGGGGGCCACAACAACGUGGCACCACAGGGAGCUGGGAACAUGAAAGAUGCCAGCAGCUGUGGAAUGCUGCUCACCCCACCCACUUCUCCAGAGCAGACCAUCAUCGGUGAAAGUGGAGGCAUUCCAAGUAUGGCCAGCCAUGCACCAGCACCAGAUGGGAUGGUCACUGUGCAGAGUCCAAAGAGAUCAGGAAAAAUUCCUCCAAAAUUCCAAAAUCGGAUGGUCCACAGAGUUUGGAAGGAGUGCAUCCUCAACAGGCCACAGUCCAAGAGGGGUCAGAUUACUGCUAAAGGUGUGGAGGAAGACACCCCCACCAACUGUGUCUCCUGGGAUUUUGUCGAUCCAGUCCAAAGAGUUUGCUGUUCUUGCUCCAGGCAUAAGCUUCUCAAGCAACGCUGCGCCCUGGGUUCCGGUCGUCCACCAACGAUACUGCAACCUGGGUUUGGUGUGGGGACGACCUCUUCUUCCGCCUUGCCACCCCCCGCCUCUAAGCACAAAACUACCGAGAGGCAGGAGAAAUCAGAAAAACUUCAGAAGAGGUCCCUGCUACCAUUUCAUCAUCGGCCUUCUGUGGCUGAAGAGCUGUGUGUUGAGCAGGACCCUUCGGGACAGAAGCUGGCCUUGGCGGGAAUGGAGCCCUCUUUGGAAGCCCCGAACAGCAGGAAAUACGAGAAGCCCCUCUCUCUGCCCCCCAGACACUCAAGCAAGCAAGCGAGUUUGAAUCCUAUGGAUUCCCCCCAUUCCCCAACAUCCCCUUUGCCCCCCACACUUAGCCCCCAACCAAGAGGCCAGGAGGCUGAAAGCUUGGACCCGCCAUCAGUUCCUGUGACUCAGGCCCUCUACAGCAAUGGGCUAGAACUCCAGCCGAUAGCCAACCCGGAGGAGCGGACAGCCCUCGUGGGCCAGAGGCUGCCUCUGAUGGCAGAAGUCAGUGAGACGGCUUUAUAUUGUGGGGUUUUACUCAACCAGGAGUCAUCGAACAAAUGGCAGGGAUAUUUUCUUCCGUCGAGCAGCGACACCGAGUUCAGGCCUCCUUUACUCCAGUGUGAGAGAGAUGACGUCAAGAUGGAGGUUGCAUCAGACGGCACAGCACUGAAAAGGCUCUUAGCACAACCGAAUAAAAGAUUUAAAAUCUUGGAAGAGACUUCCCCGGUGCAGGCAGUGAAUUAUCUUGACCCCUUACCUCUAAUGCAGCAGCCUGGCGAAUGUUUGGGAGAUGUCAGCGAUCCUUACACUUUCCAGGAUGGGGACAUCAAGUACAGCUUCACUGGAACUAAGAAAUGCAAACUUGGAACUGAUAGAGAAUCUCUGAAGAAAAAUAAGUCAGAAGAGGGAUCUGCAGCCAAGGAGGUUUCUGCAGCAGGUCAUCCUGCCGCUAUGCCAGAUGGGAAAGAUGCAAUGUCCAUUUUCAGUUCUGCUCCUAAGACAGACACACGGCAAGAUAAUGCCGCGGCCCGAGCUGGUACUGGUAGUCUCACCCAAGUCACAGACUUGGCCCCGUCACUGCAUGACUUGGACAACCUCUUUGAUAAUUCCGACGACGAUGAGCCCGGGGCUGUCUCACCUGCCCUCCGUUCAUCAAAAAUUCCUCCAGCAGGAAGUGAAGAACGCCCCCUAGGCAAGGAUGGCAGAACAGCAGUCCCUUAUCCUCCAACUGUGGCGGAUCUCCAGAGGAUGUUUCCGACACCGCCUUCUUUGGAGCAGCACCCAGCCUUCUCCCCUGUGAUGAGCUAUAAGGACGGCAUCAGCUCCGAGACGGUGACCGCGCUCGGGAUGCUGGAAAGCCCUGUGGUCAACAUGGUCACCGCUCAGCUCACCGAGUUUAAAAUGGAGGUGGAAGAUGGAUUAGGGAGUCCUAAGCCAGAAGAAGUCAAGGAUUUCUCCUUUGUGCACAAAGUUACAACCUUCCAGCCUUUUAUGGGUUCCUCCAUGUUCGCCCCUUUGAAGAUGCUGCCAAGCCAGUGCCUGCUACCUCUGAAGAUUCCGGAGGCUUCUGUCUAUCGGCCUUCCUGGGCAAUUCCUCCAAAAAUUGAACAACUUUCUUUACCACCCACAGCUGCUUUUAUAAGAGAUGGAUACAACAGCGUGCCCAGUGUCGGGAGCCUGGCAGAUCAAGACUACCUUCAGAUGAACACCCCUCAGAUGAGCACCCCCGUGACCCUCAACAGCACCGCCCCGGCCAGCAACAGCGGCGCGGGCGUCCUGCCUUCCCCGGCCACGCCGCGCUUCUCCGUCCCCACGCCGCGCACUCCCAGGACCCCAAGGACUCCGCGAGGUGGGGGCACUGCCAGCGGGCAAGGAUCCGUGAAGUACGACAGCACAGACCAGGGGUCACCGGCCUCCACCCCCUCCACCACCCGGCCCCUCAACUCGGUGGAGCCGGCCACCGUCCAGCCCAUUUUAGAAGCCCACAGCCUGUACGUCACCCUCAUCCUUUCCGACUCUGUGCUAAACAUCUUUAAAGACAGCAACUUCGACAGCUGCUGCAUCUGUGCUUGCAACAUGAAUAUAAAAGGGGCGGAUGUGGGGCUGUAUAUUCCAGAUUCGUCGAACGAGGACCAGUAUCGGUGCACUUGUGGAUUUAGUGCAAUCAUGAACCGCAAGCUGGGGUACAACUCCGGGCUGUUCAUUGAGGAUGAGCUGGAUAUUUUCGGCAGGACUUCUGACAUAGGCCAAGUCGCGGAAAGGAGGUUGCUCAUGUGUCAGAGCAUGCUAAUUCCACAGCUCGGGGAGGUAUCGAAAAGGGCUCAGGAGCCUCCGGUGAGCCUUCUGCUCCUGAUUCAGAAUCAGCACACCCAGCCAUUCACCUCCUUGAGCUGCCUGGACUACGUGUUCGCGUCCAGCCGACAAGCGCUCCACUACACGAGCUGGAGUUACGACAGAGUCCAGGCGGAAAGCAACGACUCCUGGAUCGAGUGCUUCAACGCCCUCGAGCAGAGCCGGCAGUACGUGGACAACCCCACCGGUGGGAAAGUGGAUGAAACCCUGGUGAGAAGCGCCACCGUCCACUCCUGGACUCACAGCAACGUUCUGGACAGCACCAUGCUUCCCUCCCGGGACGUUGUCCGCAUGCUGCUCUCUCUGCAGCCCUUCCUACAGGACGCCAUCCAGAAGAAGCGGACUGGCAGGACCUGGGAGAACAUCCAGCACGUUCAAGGACCCCUUACCUGGCAGCAGUUCCACAAAAUGGCAGGCCGGGGAACCUACGGCUCAGAGGAGUCCCCCGAGCCGCUUCCGAUCCCCACUCUGCUGGUUGGUUAUGACAAGGACUUCUUGACAAUCUCUCCGUUCUCCUUACCGUUCUGGGAGAGGCUGCUGCUAGAUCCAUACGGGGGCCAUCGGGACGUGGCCUAUAUUGUGGUGUGUCCAGAAAACGAGGCCUUACUCGAUGGAGCCAAAACUUUCUUCAGGGACUUGAGCGCCGUAUACGAGAUGUGUCGGCUUGGCCAACAUAAACCAAUCUGUAAAGUGUUGCAUGAUGGAAUCAUGCAAGUGGGAAAGACUGUGGCCCAGAAGCUGACAGAUGAACAUGUGAGCGACUCCGUCAACCCACCCUGGGGCAAUGAAGAUUGUGACAAUCAUUCCAGGCUCAAACUUUAUGCGCAAGUCUGUCGUCACCACCUAGCACCUUACUUAGCUACUUUGCAACUUGAUAGCAGCCUCCUGAUGCCACCUAAACACCAGACUCCACCGCCGUCAUCCAGCCAGGAACCAACCGUAACUGGCAGUGGGGCAUCGGUUCCCCCCAGUUCGGCCUGCCUUGCAGCCCCUGCACCCCCCGCCGCUGGCAGCUCCUUCACUUCCACGCCCAGCAGUGGCACCACGGGGCUUUCCUCGGGCAACAGCUCAGCCUCCGGAUCCACAGCACCGCAGCUGCCCUCCUCCUCCUCCUCUGUAGCCAGUAUUAACCAGACAAGCACUACCUCCUCUUCCGGGUUCAGCGGUGGCCUGCCUCAAGGUCAGAACCCAGUUCCUGGGGCAAAUUCCACGGAGAGACCUCAAGGAAACGCCGUCUCGGGAGGAGAUGCGGAGACGGGACAGAGCUCAUCUCAACCACAGGAAGGGCAGGAGAGUUCUGCAGAGAAGGAAAGGAUAGGAAUUCCCACUGAACCGGAGUCUGCAGACAGCCAUUCCUACCCUCCAGCUGUCGUCAUUUAUAUGGUGGAUCCCUUCACCUACACUUCAGAGGAAGAAUCUGCCUCUGCCAACUUCUGGCUCUUGAGUUUGAUGCGAUGCUACACAGAGAUGCUUAGCAACAUCCCUGAAAACAUGAGGAGUUCGUUCAUUCUCCAGAUUGUGCCUUGCCAAUACAUGCUGCAGACCAUGAAAGAUGAGCAGGUCUUUUAUAUUCAGCACUUGAAGUCCCUGGCAUUUUCGGUCUACUGCCAGUGCAGACGCCCUCUGCCCACACAGAUCCACAUUAAGUCUCUGACUGGCUUUGGGCCAGCGGCCAGCAUAGAGACGACUCUCAAGAACCCGGAGCGGCCCAGCCCCAUUCAGCUGUACUCCCCUCCAUUUAUCCUGGCACCCAUCAAAGACAAACAAACAGAGCUGGGGGAGACCUUUGGAGAAGCCAGCCAGAAGUACAAUGUGCUUUUUGUUGGGUAUUGUUUGUCCCAUGACCAGCGUUGGCUCCUGGCCUCCUGCACCGACCUGCAUGGCGAGCUGCUGGAAACCUGCAUUGUCAACAUUGAUUUGCCAAACAGAUCAAGGAGAUGCAAGGUAUCCGCUCGUAAAAUUGGCUUGCAGAAGCUGUGGGAAUGGUGUAUUGGGAUUGUCCAGAUGACAUCACUUCCGUGGAGAGUUGUGAUCGGACGCCUUGGGCGACUUGGCCAUGGGGAACUGAAAGACUGGAGCAUCUUGCUCGGAGAGUGUUCGCUGCAGACAAUCAGCAAGCAGUUGAAGGAGGUGUGUCGAAUGUGUGGCAUCUCCUCGGCUGACUCUCCCUCCAUCCUCAGUGCCUGCUUGGUUGCCAUGGAACCCCAGGGCUCCUUCGUGGUGAUGCCAGAUGCUGUCACCAUGGGGUCCGUGUUUGGCCGCAGCACUGCCCUUAAUUUGCAGUCGUCCCAGCUGAAUACUCCGCAGGAUGCCUCUUGCACGCACAUCUUGGUGUUCCCAACCUCCGCAACAAUCCAGGUCGCCCCAGCAAACUACCCGAAUGAAGAUGGGUUCAGCCCCAACAACGAUGACAUGUUUGACCUUCCAUUCCCGGAUGACAUGGACAACGACAUUGGAAUUCUAAUGACUGGGAAUCUUCACUCAUCUCCAAACUCCUCUCCUGUCCCUUCCCCCAGCUCCCCUUCUGGGAUUGGAGUGGGACCAUCUUUCCAGCAUAGUCGGAGCCAAGGAGAGCGUCUUCUCUCCCGGGAAGCACCUGAAGAACUGAAGCAGCAGCCUCUUGCCCUGGGGUACUUUGUCUCUACUGCCAAAGCCGAGAACCUUCCCCAGUGGUUCUGGUCGUCCUGUCCGCAGGCCCAGAACCAGUGUCCCCUCUUUCUCAAGGCUUCACUGCAUCAUCACAUCUCUGUUGCGCAGACGGAUGAGCUGCUCCCCGCUCGGAACUCGCAGAGGGUUCCCCACCCCUUGGACUCGAAAACCACGUCUGACGUCCUGAGGUUUGUUCUGGAACAGUACAACGCACUGUCCUGGCUCACAUGCAAUCCCGCAACGCAGGACCGCAGCUCAUGCCUUCCUGUGCACUUUGUGGUGCUCACGCAGCUGUACAACGCCAUCAUGAACUUCCUCUAACAGCGCAGAGGCGCCUGGCCGACCUUCCCCCACCGCACGAGAGAUGCGCCGUGGCCUGCGCGAGUUCAGCUUCCUCCUCCCCGGCCAGCCACUGGGGGCCCCGUGGCGCUUGGUCCCCUGCAGAAUCCUGGGACGCCACAUCAGUGUUCGAAGUCGACCAGGUCGAGCACGCCAGCACUUCCGUCAGCUGUCACGGAUUGCCGACAGUGGAUAUCAUAAAACCUCCAGGCAGUUUUCAUUUCAUAGCUGGGCGCUAAGGAGCAAUGGACCAUAAGGAAGACAGUGUCUUCGUGCUCGUGUGUCCUCCUUUUGCUCGAGGGGGGAGUCCCAUUCUUCGAAGCAAAACAUUGCAGUGACCAGUUAAGAGUGCCCAAAGCUCACGAUGUUCCUUCAAAACCAUGAGAUGGACUUGGCUGCGAUUCUAGUAGUUUAUAAAUAGUGGGAUUUUCUCUCUACCUGGAAUUCCUGUCAGAGUGGAUUGGGAUGGAUGCAUGCAUGCGUUACCUGUCCAUGUAGAUGAAAGAUCUGGAGAGACACUUAAGUUUGUUUGUUUGUUUGUUGUUUUGCUUUUAAUUUAUUUAUAGGGGCUAUUUAUAGGGGCCAGAGAGGACCAGGUACAUCCAGCUCCAUUCCGCUGAGAACUAUUUAUCAACAUACCUCUCGCUCUUCUGACCGAGAAAUGGAGCAAAAACCAUGAAAAAUCCAAAUAGCAGUUAACAAGAGCAAGUGAGGAAGAAUCACCAUUUUUUUGGUGGACACCUUGGGUUAAGGAACUCUGUUUGUAGUGAGGUUGAAAUAUGUAAAUGAAUGAUGACACGGUGCCAAUACCCGAGACCCAUAGGGGGCUGUCAACACUUUAGAGUCUAACAAAGGAGAAAUACUGAUUUAGAGAGGAGUUUGACAAAUAUGGAAAUUAUUCCUGAAGCCCAAGUCACCCAAAAGCAGGAUAGCUCAGUGCUCUAAACAUCAAAACACUGUAUAUCUACUUUCUUGUUUACACUUUUGUCAUUUUCAAGUCUGGUGUAUUUUUUCUGACUACAGGAAGAAAUGCUUUUUCAAAGAAAUGACUUUUAAAACUGAUCUCGUUAAAUUAGUACUUGAAAGUUUUGAAAAAAAACAAGCAAAAAAACACUGAGGUCAAAAAUGGCCUGGUUUAAUUAAAACGUUGGCCAUUUAAACAAAACAAAGUUUAAAGGAAAUUGUAUUAUUUUUAUGCCUCCUUAAUUCUAGGAUUUAAGAGAUCUAUAGUGUAAAUGCCGUGCCUGAUACCGUUGCUUUGUGCAGGCAUGGGCUACGUCUAAGAAGAGGAAUCAAUUAGAGGGGGAUUGGUCAGCUGGCCAUCCUUGGAGAAUCCUUUACCAUUUUUGAAGUUCUUCCAAAAGUCUGUCUCGUUCUGGUUAAAAAAAAUAAUAAUUAGAAUUUCUAUGAAUUUAAAGGAAUAUUUUUCUUGAAAUGAUGAUGUAAUGUUUAAAUCAAAUUUAUUAUUUAAAAAAAUUCCAUGCACAAGGGGGAUGGAUUGGUCAGAGGAAGACCCUGUAAAUGGAUCACUUUUAUUCUCUGCUCCAGGCCACCCACCUGGGGGAACCUUUGCAAUGUACAGGAGGAAAUCAGAUAUAUCGAAACCAUUUGUAUCUAAUGUAUACAGUGUAAAAUUGAUUUUAAAAAUAUUGCAUUACUAUUUUUUCUUAAUCAGAAAGGAAAAUUCUCAAGGCCUUUUGAAGAGCAUUAAAAGAUGAAGAUUGUAAACUUGUAUACAAAAAAAAUUAACUUGGUGAGGGAAAACUAUAUAAAGUUAUCUUUUACCACUUUGGGGUUAUUUGUUCCCAAGAGUCACCUGAACUUUGGAUUAUAGCUGCGUUGGCUUUUUUUUAUGGGCUGUUUCUAUUGGGGUUAUUUUCUUCCCCAGAGAUCUAGUUCUAAUGCAAAAAUUAAAAAUACCUCUAACCCCACAAAUAAGGGGAGGGGUAUUAAGGAGUAGUUUUCAUCUGGUGGUGUUUAUUUAAUUUUUUUUAAGUUAAGAGAAACUGGUAACAUAUUUAUACAUUUUUUGUGCAAAAUAAAUGAAUGGCAAUAGAUUUUAAAAAGAAGAAAAAUCUUAUGUACUUCAGUGUGAAAAUCUGUAUAAUAUUUCCCUUUAAAUAUGCAUUAUUUUACUUGUGAGUUUUUUACUGAAUUAAUCUGAAAUGUACAAGCCCUGGAUUUCCUACAGAGUGAAAAAGUUAUUUUAUUUUUUUUAAUUUCUAAUUUUGGAAAUCACACAGAAAUCAGAAUUAUUGCCGUUCAAGCGCGGGGGGGAGGGAGGCAAGGGAUGGUCCGGCAUGCUUCUCUGUAUAUUUCAGAACCUUUUUUUAAAUGUAAAAGCUGUACAUUUUUGGGGGGAAUUCUGAUUUUUUUCCUUGAACAUUUUGCAGUGAGCCUCUUUUAUAGCCAACAAUUUGAAACAAAAACAACAAAAAACCUAUGUGGAGUUCAUUUUAAAUCUUACAGUAUAUCGCUGGUACAAUACACUAAAAAAGACUUUGAUAAAAAGAAACAAUAAUAAUAAAGACCUCCAUUUUAAAUGUCAUUCAUAUAUACCUUGUGGAUGAGAGCUAUAUACUUUUACACACUUUUUUAGAUGAAUAAAUUAUUGAAUUACUGAAA